UGUGUUUCUUUCAGUUUCUAGAAGGCUCCCAAGUUUAUACUCACAGAACACAAAAAACUUUGGAAUUGAAAGUAGCACGUUUUUGAAGUACAUUUUGGAAUACGCAUUGCAUAAAAAGAAAGUGUUUCAAUAACACAUUAGUGUAAUUACAGAAUAUAAAAAGCUUUCAAAAACUUAGUAAGAUUAGUGAUGGAUAAGGCGAAAAUAUUACUUGACUUGCAGGUGAAUGAACUCAAGGAAAAAGGAAAUCGAGCACUUAACGCUAAUAACUUUGAUGAAGCUAUCGCAGCUUACACUGAAGCUAUAUCUUUAGAUAAUAAGAAUCAUGUGUUAUACAGCAAUAGAUCAGCCGCAUACGCGAAGGCUAAUCAAUUUGAAAAAGCUCUAGAGGAUGCGGAACAAACAAUAGCCUUGAACCCAACAUGGUGGAAAGGUUAUUCGCGUAAAGGAGCUGCGGAAGCGGGUUUGCUAAGAUUCCGUGCCGCUAUGCAAUCAUACCAAGAUGGCUUAAAAUACGACCCGUCAAAUGCUGCAUUGAUUCAAGGAGCUGAAGAAAUUACCAGCUUAUUGAUACAAAAUGUAACAUCAAAUUUUAACACACCAAUGGACGUGGAUCCUCAACCCCAUACAGCAGAACCCAAAAAGUCUGAACCCCCGAAGCCAGCGGAGCCCAAUGUAGAUGAGAUGAACGAGGAAGAACGUAAAAAGUACUUGGCUAAGAAGGAGAAGGAGGCCGGCAACGCCGCCUACAAGAAGAAAGAUUUCGAUACGGCACUAAAGCAUUAUCAUGCGGCAUUGGAAGAGGAUCCAACUGAUAUAACGUUUCACAACAAUAUCGCUGCCGUUUAUUUCGAGCGUAAGCAAUACGACGAAUGUAUAAAAGAAUGUGAGAAGGGCAUUGAAGUCGGUCGGGCAAAUCGUGCGGAUUUCAAAUUAAUUGCAAAAGCAUUUGCCCGUAUAGGUAAUUCGUAUCGUAAACUGGAAAACUAUAAGCAGGCGAAAGUGUACUUUGAGAAAGCAAUGUCUGAACACCGUACGCCUGAGAUUAAAACUUCCCUCAGCGAGGUUGAAGCUAAGAUAAAAGAAGAAGAAAGACGCGCUUAUAUAAAUCCCGAAUUGGCCGAGGAUGAAAAGGAAAAAGGCAAUGAACUCUUCAAGAAGGGAGAUUAUAGUGGUGCCGUAAAACAUUACUCUGAGGCAAUCAAACGCAAUCCUGACGAUCCCAAGUUGUACAGCAAUCGUGCCGCAUGUUACACCAAGUUGGCCGCUUUCGAUCUGGGCCUGAAAGAUUGUGAAACUUGCAUUAAGUUGGAUGAUAAGUUCAUUAAGGGUUAUAUUCGAAAGGGAAAAAUUUUGCAGGGUAUGCAAAAAUCGUCAAAAGCUUCGGCUGCAUACCUUAAAGCGUUGGAAAUCGAUCCGCAAAAUGCCGAAGCGAUUGAAGGAUACCGUCAAUGCUCGAUAUCUUAUCAGCGCAGUCCAGAAGACGUGAUGAAGAAUGCAUUGGGUGAUCCAGAAGUGCAACAGAUUCUUAAGGAUCCAGCUAUGCGUGUCAUACUGGAUCAAAUGCAGACGGAUCCUAAAGCAGCUAAAGAGCAUCUGCAAAACCCAGCUAUAGCUGAUAAAAUAAUGAAGCUUAUCGAGGCGGGUAUCGUUCAAAUUCACUGAACAACCGCUUCACGUAUACAAAUAUAAAAUAAAAUAAAAAACAAAAAUUAAAAAGCCAGAAGUUAACGAGUGUUGAAUUCCAAGCGUUCAAAAUAUUGCACCAAUUAAGAAACUACGCAUUUCCACGUCCUCCUCACACUAAAAUAUAAAAGGCAUAUUGUAUACAUAAUUAUAUAAAAAUAGAAGCAGCAAUUGGCUGGAUCGCUUAUGCUUUCAUUUACAAAUUCUUUUACAUAAUUCAAAAGUCGUAGAUUUACUUUUUACAUGGCGUGUAUGGCUUGCCAUGAGUUUUCCUACUUUACGAAAUAGAUGUCUAGUUUACAUUAAGUACUUGAGAGAAAAAAUUGAAUUUCUCUAAUUCAAAUAAAAACAAAACAAUUUGCGCUUUUAUGGGGGCAAACAUUUGAAACUAAAAAUAAAGAAAUCUGUGAAUUAACGAUAUUUUCAAUAACUUUAA